AUGGCAAUCCCAGAAGACAUCCUCCUUGCCGAUGCUGCGGGGACAAUCCCUUCGGAUGUCUCGCUCGAGUAUCUGGCCGAGUCGCGCGAUGACCCGGCCAAGGUGGCUAUCAUCUUCAUGGUCUGCCUGGCGGGGGUGCUGAUGCUCGUCCGUCUCUAUGCACGGACAUGGCUGGUGAAAAGGAUCGGCAUGGACGACAUUCUAGCCAUGCUCACAAUGCUAAUCUACAUCACCUUCGUCGUCCUCUCCAUCGUGCUCAUCGACCUCGGCAGCGGCCGCCACAUGCAAUACAUCCAAUACGUGCUGUCGAUGUCCACCGUGCGAGAGACCGAAGUGCUCGACUUCGUCGCCCACGUCCUCUACACCACCGCGCUCUUCUUCUGCCGUCUCUCCGGUCUCGCAUUCUACCAUCGCCUGGCCGGCCGCACCGGCAAACUGCACCUCGCCAUCCAAGUCGCCGCCGUGUUCCUCUUCGCCGCCUACCUCCCCCAGCUCUUCCUCCUCAUCUUCCACUGUCGCCCCGUCACGGGCCUCUGGCCUUACCCCUGGCAAGACGAGCCCAUCCAAUAUACCUGUCUCUCCUGGGGGCUGGUGUACUCAGUGAACUCGGCGUUGUCGUUGACCUGCGACGUACUCAUGUUCAUCAUCCCCGCCAUCCUGAUCAAGAACUUGCACGUGUCGAUGAAACGCAAAGCGCAGCUCUCGCUGGUCAUGUUCCCUGGUAUUCUUGUAAUCAUAAUCUCCACCAUCCGCGUCUACCUCGUCGCAAAAGGGCAAUGGGCCUCGGACGGCAGCUGGGCGUACAACCCCAUGAUGGCGAUCGAAAACGCCGAGAUAGCCGGAACCCUGAUCGCAUUGUCCGUGCCAGCGCUGAAGCCGGUCUUCGGGAACCUGUUCAACCAUCUGACCGAGUACACGACGUCGAGCCGGAACCAGUCGCGGUCGAAAUCGGGGCAUUUGCGGUCCCAGUCGAAGCCGGCGACGGGUGGGUUGAGGUCGACCGUGAGAGAUAGUAAGCGGUUGUUGUCGUGGUCGAAGCAUGGGAAUGAUGAUUAUGAGAUGAUGGCGUCGGAUAAUGUGUCGAGGGGGAGUCGGGGGGUGGGUGGUGGUGAGGAGGGGGGUAACUCUAAGGAGCCUUCUCGGUGGGAUUACAGCGACAACGUACACACAUCGUCCAAGAUGCAGUGGAUGCUCAUUUCGGCGCCAACUGAUGCAUAG